GAAAGGUUUGUUGCUUAUUAUUUCCGAGUGGCACUUUUUGAGUUUUGUACUACUGUAACCAAAUGUCACACACCUCUUUCUCAUUAAAGAUGUGAACAGUAUAGUUGAAAACUCACAUUUAUUCAGAAACUAUCAGUAAUGUCUGUGGCCUAUCAUUAAUUAACAGAUUUUCAUUUUAAGCAAUGAAGUUAGGGUCAAUUUAGUUAUCUUUUUUGCAUAGUAUGUGCUAAUAUGAGUUCCGUGCGUGAAAUUUCGGCAUCGUUACUUUUGCGAUCAAUAUGUACUCUCUACAUAUAAACGUCAAGAAGAUCGGUUAAAUUCUGAAUAUUCACCCGGCAACAUACGUAUUCAGUACUCGUAAAUUUUCUGAAGCCAAGAUUGGGAUGUGCGAAGUUUAUAAUUUCGUCAGUCUCCACACUGAUUGUGGUCUAUUUGAUUUUUCUACAAUUUACAGGUGAUUGAGAUGACUGAACUAGUAAUAUACUCAGUGAAUUAAUUCUUUCAGCGAAGUAGGGUUUGAAAAGUAACUAGUAUCCAGACGGCUGAACUUAAACAUAUUAUGGUAUCCGGAAGUUUAUUUAUGUACGAAACUAUGGAUGUCAAAUAAUUUAUUAACUAAAGAUUAAAUUGAGAACCGUAAUACAACUCACCAUCCUUUACUCCUACUCGUAGUAAGGUCAUUGUGUCAUCUAAUCGGGUGAGAGUUGAAAUUGGAACUAAUUAUUCGGAAAAAGGCAGAAGCGAAAGCUUUUAGUCAAGUAUGUGGUACUAUUUUAAGUAUUUAAUGUAGCAAGUUUUCUCUCAAAGGGUUCAGGUAGGUUAGUUGAUGUUUCAGAUAGUAGCCAACUACAAGAACUGACUUCUAUUAAUGGUUGAAAAAUAAACUCACAACCCAAUAUGCUUUGGGUAAUUUGGGAAUGCUUGCCCUAGAGUGUGUGGGGAGUGAACUUCAGUAUAUAUUCUGGUGGGGAGUGUUUAUGACUAAAUUAUUAUUAGAUCGCCACUAAGUCAUCUAUAUUCUUAAAUAUAUGGGUCCAGUGUUCCCAGGAAUUACUAUUGGAAUCCAAAUCUAGAGCCAGGGACUGAUUUUGCAAUUUAUCUCUGAAUACACUCCAAAGUAGUCCUGUCCUUUUACAGUGGAGCCAAAUAAAAUUAGGUUAGGUAGAAACUCCUAUCAAACUGGUCGAAGUACAUUUCGAAGUUACUAGCAUAAAGCUGGUACAAAAACCAUUUUGUCACCACAUGAUUUUACACAGUAACGGACCAAAAUAUCUCUACUAACGAUACUUCUAAUGAAGACUUAGUCAGGUAUUUGUGGUUUAGAUUAUGCUAUAAAUUUAAUGUUUAACUCUUUUAAGAUUUGUAAGUUUACUCAUUUCGAUCUGCCGAACUUUGAAAUCGAAUCAGAUCCUUAUGAAAUGACAAUCUACCCAUCUGGUUGUAGACUUCAGUGUUUCACAUCAUCAGCUGGAAAUUUGUUUUGAGAAUACCUGGAGGGGAAUGUUGCCAAUGCAAAUUAAAAAUGCAACUUGCCUGACACUAAAAAUUAAGGGUUUUAGUAGGGGUUUCUGUAUUUCAAGGGAGUGGAUAAUUUACCUUGACAUUAAAUAGGUGUUGGCCAGUCGACCAAAAGGGACUAACGACUUAAGGUUGCUGAUAAAACAAAAAAAUUGAUCCAACCAAAGAUCGACAAAGCGGAAAUGUAUUGCGCCAAUCUGUUACUAACUACUUAUCUUGAUCUAAAUCCCAAACAGUUUACUUUUAGUCUCACUGAUAUUAAUUUUAUCGUUUUGUUAUAAGGUGUGACGACUUAGAAUAUUAUUAUUUUGUUGGGCCUGAUGUAUCUGUAUGUCUGCGGUUGUAGCCAACUGUUUAAUAACCUCACAUUACCAACAUGCGCGUGACUGUUGUAGAUGGUUUUAUUGUUGCGAAAUAAUAGAAUGUUUCCACCUUUGCUCACCUCUGUUGAAUUAAUUCUCAUGGGGACAAGAUUAACACCAUUGUUUGAGUUUUAGUUGACCCUAGAAAACUGACUUCGGAAUAGCAUCGUUACAAAAUUUGGAAACAUCAAGAUACUAUUCCUAGUUAAGCAUUUAUUCCGGCGAUCUAGGUUUCCAAGUUUUAAGGGGCUCUUCUCUAAUACUACAUUCUGUUCUGCUCAUGUUUCUUAACGCUUUUGAUGUUGCAACCGGUUCUAUCAUUACCAGUCUUUUUUAUGUAUGAUAUUUUUAUCAGGUCAAAAACUGGUGAUGUAUAUGUAGACAUGAUGCAUUCGACUUCCAGCCAAUGGCUUCAACCAUUGUCACACAGCCCCACUACUCAUUUCCCAGCAUCUGGUCUGCCUUUCAAUCAUUUGCACCAAAAUUUACCCACCCAGUCUAGUCCAAGUGUUAUGUUAGCAUCUCAGAUCACUUCAUCUGAACCACUAUUUCCUUUGUCAAAUACAUUCACUGUCGAUACCCAACCUGGGACUUUUCUAGCAGAUAUAAAUUCAGAACCUCAGCCUCUUGGUCCAUUGGGUACUAACUAUUACGGUUUCAGUCAUGAUCUAUCAAGUGGUGUUGAUUCUUCCCCAGCUAACUUGUGGUACAAUCCUUCUACUCCAACUGGCCCAAUGACGGGGUCAUUACAGAGGGAAUGCAAUAUAAAUGUCGACUGCUCAAGUGGUCUAGGGCGUAAUGAUGACCCGGUGCAAUUGAUUCCCGCGUGCACCUCAGCUACAGCAAAAAUACUCACUUCACAGCUUUACGAUUCUAUGCUUGGUGGUAUCAAAGAUCCAAACAGUUCAACUGUCAGUGAAAAUGAUAUUUGUUCUCGGUUAUCAUCGACUCAUACAACUCUAUCAUCAAAUUUAUUAACUGGUGGAAAUUACAAUUGUCCACCGAUAACUACACCCUUGUCAUCAUCAUCAUCAAUAUCAUUAUCUUCACGGAAUAGAUCAAACAUAGAAUCGAUCAUUCGAACUGAUCAUAUACAUGACAAUCGUGAUCCUUGUAUUUACACAAAUUUAAAUGUUGUUCCUGUUGGUGGAAAUAAUACAUCAUGUAUGUCAGCUUUAUGCAGUAGUGGUGCUGGAAAUGAUGAUAUUGAUUCACGUCGUAUAAUUAAAUCAAGUAUUAUCCCGACUGGUAUUGAUGAACCCAGUAAACGUGAAAUAAAAUCUCUUCAUUUCCAAUCAAAUAAUCCAUUGAUUGCAUCUUCGGGAAUUUUUGAUUCUUAUUAUGGAAUUGAUUCUGUGUGUGAUGGAAAUACAAUUCCAAGCGGUUGGUCAAAUACAACUAAUGUCAUUAAUCCAGGUUGCGUAGUGGCAGGUUCUGUUCAUACAUCAAAUUUUCCUUCACAUAUUUCCAAUGAUAAUAAUAAUAGUAGUGCCUGUCAGUUGACGUCUGAAUUGACUUCUGUUCCCACCUAUCCCAAUUCUAAUCCCUCUAUCCAUCCUGAAUCUACUCAUCCGACACAUGUAAAUAUGGGAAUGAAUUAUUCUGGGGUCGGUGGAGUUGGUGGUAAUAUGUAUGCACCGACUACAUUACAACCUUGUCCAUUGGUUGGAUUAUCUGAUUCUUCCAUUCAACACCCAUGCAAUAUACCUCAACCUGUUCAUCCUUUAGAUCCUAAUCCUUCAUAUUCUUCCAUUGGGGAAUAUACAAUUCAUCGUCAAUCUUCUGAUAUAACCCCACCAUCUGGUCUAUUACCUUCAGUUGUCUAUGAACAACACUCACUUGCAAAUCUCAAUACACAUAAUACAACUUCAAAUAAUAGUAAUAGUAAUAAUAGUACUACUACUAAUAAUAAUAACAACAAUUAUCAAAGUGAUAUGAUGAGUUGUAGCCGUGAGGCACUGAUAGCAUUAGCAGGAUCUGGCGCAGAUGAAAUGAAUUUCACAACUCGUUCAUCUAAUAUAAGUUUAACACAUUCCUCUACACCAACCUUAUCUGCUAGUAAUUCUACAUCUCAUGGCGGUGGUCGUGGAACAAGAGGUGGUCGUGUUGCUGGACACAAGCGUCGAUCAUCAUCUGUUAAUCCUUCCAAUUCUCUUAAUUUAGAAUCAAAUGGAAAUUCCAUCGAAGCUAACACUAGCGAUAUGACUUUGGGGCUGUCGAAUGCUUGCCCAUUAUCCUCUAAUACUGGUAUGAGCUCAGAAUGUUCAUCUCUUUUCGGUGAUUUUGACAGCAGUAGAAAUUUCGGACAUGGUCGUACGCCAAGUGUAUGUGGUACUGACUCUGAAGAAACUAUUGACCCAGAUGAAACACCUGAGCAAAGAGCUGAAAGAGAACGUAGUCGUAGGCAGGCGAAUAAUGCACGAGAGCGUAUUCGAGUUCGUGACAUCAAUGAUGCAUUCAAAGAGCUUGGACGCAUGUGCAUGAUGCAUUUAAAUAAUGAACGACCACAAACCAAACUUACAAUUUUACAACAAGCUGUUUCAUUAAUCACCAGUUUGGAACAACAAGUUCGUGAACGUAAUUUAAAUCCUAAACAAGCUUGUUUAAAACGUCGUGAAGAGGAAAAAAGUGGCGAAGCACCACAUUUCAGUGGUAGCACUGGAGGUGGCUGUGGUAGCAGCAGUAGUAGUAGUAAUAAUACACAUAUCAAUUCAAUUGGAAGCGCCAUAAAUCGUUUGUGUAAUACUAAUUCAGUGAAUUAUUCUACUCCUGUUGUAACAUCGUCAUCACAAAAUCCAUCAAGUCAUAUAUUGGAUUAUGAUCCACGUCUAUCUCAUAUUACACAUGGAACUGCUGUCUAUGGCGAAAAUUUGCCAAUAGUUAAUAGUCGUAAUGAUUAUGCAUCAUCGAGUACUGGAUCUGCUGGAGAUGUUUGUACUCCUGGUUAUUUACAUUCUGAAGUUCAACAAUGCCCAUCGGAACCGUAUACCCAUAUUACAUCACAACAACAACAACCACAUCAUUUGUCGAUAGUUAAUAACAGUUUCACAAAAAAUGCUACUAAUAAUAAAUCUUCAGAUAAUUGGCAUUCUGGUUCCAUAAUACAAUCAGUUCAAUCCACACAUUCAUUAAAUAAUAAUUCACAAAGAUUUGGAACUAUUGGUAUGACAAGUCAUAAUUCAGGUGAAGAAUACGAUGAUGAUGAAGAUGAGGAUGAUGAAGACGAUGUUGAAAGCAGUGAAGAUGAAACUAAACCUUCAAUUGUACGUUCUAUUUUAAAACCUGAUAUAGACAAUGAUAACAGGCAUUCUUCUGUUCAUCAUUCAUCUACUUCUAUCCACCCUGAUAAUAACAAUAAUAGUUGCAGUGGAAGUUGAAUCUUUCUCUCUUUUUAUCUCUUUUUUUCUCAGAUGUUUUAAAUUUUCACAAAAUCAUCUCUAUUAUUAUUGUUAUAAAUUACUACUUAUUGACUAGUCCAGUUAUAUUUGUGCAUUUAUAUUGUUUAAAUUGCAUUUUCAUGCUUAUUGUGAGGUUCUUUUUUUAAAUAUUAUGCAUUUAUGCUAGUUUAUUUUAAGGUUUAUUAUUUCCACUGUUAUAAUUACCAUUAUUAUAUAAAUCAAGUAAUCAUAUACAUUAUAAAACAUUACAAAAAGUUUAAGAUCCAAGUAUGCUUAUUUUUGUGCUUAGUAUUGAUUAAUUUUAUAAAACAUAUACACAAUAUUGUUAUAAAGUGACAUAUUAAUCUGUAAUAAUGACAAUUAUGGUUAUUUCUACCCUUAUCCAUCUAUCUAUCUAUCCAUCGUCAAGUUACUUGUUCUUUCAGUAUCCAAUAUUCCUUCGUGAAAACGUUUAUAUUUUUUGUCUUAUGCAUUUAUUGUUUAAUUCUCCUCCUCCUCCUCCUCCGGUUGAUUUCAUCUUUGUUUGAUUCAGGUUACUUCUGGGAUUUGUACACAAUCAGUUACCUGUUUCAAAAUCUAUAAGUGUAUCUAUGUUUGUUGGUCUUUUAUUACUAUUAUAGUUGUGUUUAUUCACCAAGUUUAUGUAUUGUAUUGUUUCUAAAUUUAAUUGUUCUAGAGUAUGUUCUUGAAAUUAAAAAAAAAGAAUAAUGUUUUGA